AUGGAUGUUCCUACCCCUGUUCUCGUACCUACACAAGGGCAGAGUUCAUCGUUCUUAUUGAUGCCUGCAGAGAUUCGAAACGAAGUCUAUCAGUAUCUCCUGCCGGAUGUUACCAGCCUGCGAGACGUUACCGGUCUUCUUAGCGCUUGCAAGCAGAUCCGUCAAGAGUUUUCCAGCAUGAUAGUCGCCGAGAGCCAGUUAGUCAUGAACGGCGCAGUACAGAAGAGCAUCGAUAUGGUUCAAGUCGCUUUUUCCACUACUGAGAUAAAUACGGUCAUCGGCACGCCCCAGAUUCAGACGCACUCCCACCUUCAUAACGUGAAAGUCCGUCUCGGAAUGCGCGAUACACGCUCGCUACCUGCCGACGCAAAUGAACCACGCAUAUACUUCGACGACGUCUUCGCCUCGUUCCGCGAAUUACUGGGCCUACAUCUACCUUACGUUACCGUCAAUGUCCCUGCCGCAAUCGCCAAAGACGCCAGUAUAGCCGAUCCCGAACUUCGACAUCGCCUGCUAGACGCAUGCAUCUUUACCUUCAGGGGAUUGGAAGAGACUCCAGGGGUCACAUUGAACGUGCAGCACGUUAUAUUCAAGAUUCAGACUCACAAGUGGGAUACCGCGGCUCUUAUACAUGAACCUGUUGUAGUCUUUGUAAGACGUAUCAACGAACAGAAAGAGAUUAAGUUUGAUCUGCUUUGGAAGGACCCAAGGACGGAGAGCCAGCAAAACUCCACAGAUAUGGCAAUGAUGGCACAGUUGAAAGAUAUCGACGGCACCAAUCGCCUCCUCCAAUUGCCAGGCGAGAUACGCAACACGAUCUACGAAUACGCACUCACCGCCAACCAUCACGAGCUCUUCUAUCGCGAUUCGAUCGACUUCGACACCAUACCCCAGGCAGUGACCGAAGAGGUCAACAGUAUAGACGAUAUCUGGCACGCAACACCCCAAGAAUGUGUGGAUGCGUAUUACGAACAUGAGUCCGCGCAGGGCGUAAAGCUGUGUUCUACCGCAGAAUCUACAUCCGAGUUCAACCAGCUGAAGUACGUGUGCAAGCAACUCUACAAAGAGACCAAGCACUUGUCACUGUUAUACAACGAUAUCGUAUUCGCCCAAGACAACUUCGCUCCAAAGAUGAACGAGUGGAUGUCGGAGGCCUCAUCGUGA